CUGAAUGCCUGCAUUUUAAAAGAUCAUAAGUAAUCCCCUUUUUUCCGGGCAAUUUGAUUGGACGUGAAGGUCCUGGAGAGAGAGAAAUGCCCGCCGACACAGGGGUCAUCCACCUGCCCUGGCAGCGCCUCGGCGACCCGUUCGACCGACAGUUUCCAUCGAUGACUCGACCGGAAUGCAUCGGAGUCUGCAGCAUCAACGCUCGCCGGGAUUAUGUGGACGACGCCAGCGGCGCCAACUACUUGGUGGGGCCACCAUGGCCCCCCCUGCCGAUGGAUCUGAGUGCUGGGAUAGCGGAUGUGAUCCGUAAAGCCUCGGAUUUCGCGACCAAGGAUCUGGAAUUCGCGCUCCUCUACAUACAGCACCACAAGGAGCAGCUGCUCCGCCCGAGGAAAUCGGAUCCGGGAGGCUGGGGACUGGACAUCGACUUUGUCACGCUGCGCGGCAUUCUGAGGCAGCUCAUGUGUAUGCCCUAUGAGCGGUAUCGCGAAUUCCGCAUCAAGGCCACACUCCUCAACGGUAGCGUCUACAUGGCCAAGGAGGAGACGCCGGAACAGCAGUUGGAGAACGAGAACAUGACCGAGGCCCAGAAGGACAUGUGCUCCUGGGGCUUCAAGUUCGAGCAGUACGUCACUAGUGCCCAAGCGCAGGGCAAGCCGGUGACCAAUGUGCCGGUCAACGAGGCGGAGGAGUUCAUGGGCGUGUUCCGUGGAAAGCUGGCCGGAAUAAGGCUGCUCUACGGAGCCGAGAUGGACUGCGUGGUCAGCCAGGUGCCAGUGGACUUCAAAGAUCCCAAAGUGCUGGACUCGCUGACCUUCGUGGAGCUAAAGACCACCGCCCACAAUAUGAGCUCCAACCAAAAGCGGAGCUUUGACAACUAUAAGUCGGCCAACUGGUGGAGCCAGUCGUUCCUGGUGGGCAUCAAGACGAUUUACGCGGGACUGCGCGACAAUAGGGGCAUGGUGCAGGAGAUCAAAGAGUUCGAUGUCCGCACGCUGGCCCGCAACAAGCCGUGGAACCCAUCGGCCAUGACUUGGUUCCUGGAGCAGUUCCUGCGCAAGCUUAAGGAACUGCUGGUGGCCAUUGACGAUCCAUUUGCCGUGGUCCAGGUGACUUUCCGGAACAGACAGGCCCACUACGAAGUGCUGCGCGGACCGGAACACCAAAUCCUGCCCGAUUGGUACUGCAACAUGAUUAAAUUCCCAAAUGUAUAACUA